ACGUGGCAGACAUUUCUAAAAUGAAUUAUAUUCAUACAUUACCGUUUGGUAGAGUUGUUACGGAGUAGUGUUUGAUAGUGGUAGAAAUUUGCGGGACUUGUUUUUUGGACGAAUGUACGUACCAAUGGAACCUGUAGCAGAACCAGCAGAACGGAGACUGGAAUGGCAGGUUCAAGGAAUUCUCACUACGCGCGCGUCGAUUGGAGCCAAGCAUAAAAACUGAUGUCAUUUUCGAAUUGGUGUAACAUGCCUUAUUUCAUACGUUCUUUUUGUUGCUGAAACGUAGAAUAUGUUGAGGAAUUUUGUAGCAAGAAAAAAAAUAAAGAUAUUAUCUGGGACUCUCUUAAAACGUUUUUUUAGUAACCACAAACAAGACUUUGAUAAGUGGCGCAAAAUAAGAGCUAUGAACGAAGCAUCACCCCCGUCUCGCAGCAAUCCAGUGAUUAAGAAGCUGGAUACGCCAGAAUUUCAAUCGAUAUUUACUCCUGAGCUGAAUAAACUCUCUGAAAUAUUCAAAAAGUAUAAUUACGAAAUGAGAGUAGCUGGUGGAGCUGUGCGUGACAUUCUCAUGGGUCUGGUGCCUAAAGAUCUGGAUUUUGCUACAACCGCAACACCCGAAGAGAUGAAAGCCAUGUUCACUAAGGAGGAAAUCAGAAUGAUCAAUGACAGGGGUGAAAAACAUGGGACGAUAACAGCGAGAAUAAAUGACAAGGAGAAUUUCGAAGUGACUACAUUGAGAAUUGAUGUUGCUACUGAUGGUCGACACGCAGAAGUAUUGUUCACAAAGGAUUGGAAACUCGACGCUAAUCGACGGGACCUCACUAUAAAUUCCAUGUUCCUUGAUCUCGAUGGCAAUGUUUAUGAUUAUUUUUUUGGUUAUGAUGAUCUUCAAAAGAAAAGAGUAGUUUUCGUUGGUGAUGCAGGAACGAGAAUACGUGAAGAUUUUCUUAGAAUAUUUAGAUACUUCCGAUUUUACGGUAGAAUCGCGGAUUUCCCGGAUUGUCACGAAGACGGUACGAUCGAGGCGAUAAAGAAAAACGUGGAUGGUUUAGAGAGGAUUUCGGGUGAGAGAAUAUGGACCGAGUGGAGUAAAAUUCUGGAGGGUCGUUUCGGCGGUGAAUUGACCGUGAAAAUGUUGGACUGUGGAGUUGCUCCUUACAUUGGCUUACCGGAGAAAUUGAAUGUCGAAAAUUUCGUAACAACCUAUGUGAAAGCACGUGCUAAUGCGGUUGAAUUGCGUCCUAUAACUUUGAUAACGUCAUUGCUAAAGAACGAAGUGGAAGUGUUGGAGCUUAACGCGCGAUUGAAACUGUCGGUUUUCAAUCGAGAAUUAGCGUUGUUUCUUGUGAACAAUCGCGAGGAGAAACCCUCGGUGAAUCUACUCAAACCCUAUCAGCACAUCGUUCUCAAUAGCAAAUCAAAGCUUCGGGACACCAUUGAAUUUGUUCGGGAACUCUUGAAAGUCAAAGGAGAUCUUAAACUUUUGGAGGAAUUCGACUCUUGGGAAGUACCGAAAUUCCCGAUUAGCGGUCAUGAUCUCAAAGGUCACGUACCUCAUGGUAAAGUUCUGGGGCGAGUGCUCAUCGAACUCAAAAAAAUCUGGAUCGAUGAUGAUUUCAAAACUUCGACUGAAGAUCUUAUAAAACGCGUGCCUGACCUUGUAGAUGAAUUCAAAGAAGUUGGCGAAAAAAUUAAAGCUAAAAAGUAAUCCUGCCUGUUUUUAUCAUUCUCUUGGAUUUCAGUAUCCUUUUUCCUUCAAAAUUAGUCAAUGGAAUUGAACGUGGCUACGGAAAAUCCAUCGCAUUUUCCUAUUUUUCGAUAAAUCUCAAAUAUUAGUUUUUCUUUGGCGUCUUUCGCUCAGUAUCGAAUGUUUAGGUCGUUAUCAAACUGCAUAUCAAUACAAACCAGGAUUUCGAAAAGUAGCCAAGGAAAAUUCUGCAGUUGGGAAUUUCUGGUUAUUGGAUCUGGUUUACACUUUUUCAUACUUUCUAUUUUAAAAACGUGGUUCGAUCAAGAGGUCAAAAAGACGUCACCAGUUUUCUCAAUUCACAAAGCCAUGCAGAGUUGAAGUAUCCACUUAUUUUACGCAGAGCUUCGAUGCAUAAAAUACCAUUCCAAUACGUUUUUCUCGAGAUUUUGUUUAUCAAUAAUUUCGUUAGUAAAACAGCUGAAAAUAAUCAACCAACUUUGCCGUGUGAUUGAUAGCGAAUCCAAGAUUCUAUUCAACGACGUGCAACCGAGUCGCAUGUGGUGAAAAUUUCGUGAUAAGUUUUAUGAAAUGGAGUCGUUGAGAUCUCGGGCCACGUCGUUACAAACGUUUAUGUGUUAUCACCAUCGAAUAAGAACCUAUUGAUAAGUCGUUGGAGCAAUAAUCGUUUCACAAAGCAAAUGCUGUUUUUCGUCACAUAAAUUCAAUGCGAUUUUCUAGAAAACUUCUUACCAUUUUGGCAAACGUUCUCUGUAUUUUAACAUUCUGCUUUUCUACUGUUUCUCGAGCUGGUUUCAUUGAGAACAUUCGCAAAAUUCCUUCGUUUAUUCAAGUUCUUACGAUUACAGGGAAAUUUUGAAAUUUGAGACGGUGAAGAAAAAUUGUCUGAUUGUCCUCGCAAGAAUAUUUUUCUCGACGCUACGUUAUCGAUUUUAUAACCGAGCUAAGAAAAUUAGGCUCUCAAUGUCUGUGUUCUCUAUCAUUACGAACAUUUUUUAAUUUCAAUAUUAUAUAAACAGUUUGUCCAAGUAUCAUUUCAAAUGUUUACUCUCCGUGUGUUAACCAAUCAAAAAUAAUUGAAAUGGUAUCAAUCACA